AUGAUGUUUUCAGCAUUUCUACAAUCACCGUCUUCAUCGCAGUUACAAUCCUGCUCAUCACAAGGAACAGCAUUCGCUACAACGGAAACACAAUUUUCUUCUCAAAUUCUGCCAUACAAAUCUGAUCUAUCAACUUUUGUGUCACUGUCCUUGGGAGUCACCAAAUCGAGAAGGGGGCGCCCAGGUAAGUACUUUUCUUACCUUUUAAAAGACCAUCUUAAACAUCAUUAUUCUGAGGAAGAACUUUGGAACACGUGCAUUGAAACAUUGAGACAAUAUCAACAGAACGACCAACAAAUUCAAUUAAAGAAAAAGCUGAUUGAACUACAAAAAAUUCAACGUUUACUUGCUUGGAAAACUUUGCGAAAGUUAAAAUCACAGAAACAGCUCACAAUGUUGAAAAACGUUGCUGAAAUUUUAUUCGGCAAAGAACACAGAAUCAACAUCAUUUUAAAUUAUGUCAAACUACAUCAACGGAUAUCAGCUGUGGCUACGAACAAAUUAUUGCCGAAGGAAGUCAAUGGAUCUUUCAAAAAACACCGACGCCAUGUUUCUCAAGAACUUAGCUUGUCAUCAGGGUUGAAUUUAAGAGAAGGCAGUCCCGGAUAUCCGCAAAAGAGGGGCCCUCACAAUUUAGAAAGAAAAAUCUAUAUCCAGAUUGGCUAG